CUUAAUAUCUGUCGCCAAAAAGCCCUGGCAUCACACAGAGAGAAAUCAGAAGGAAAACUUGUACAGACGGACCGGAGAGAAGACACACACACACACAGGCACGAAGGCCAAAGCAGACAUGGACUUCCAGCAGACAUGGGCAGAACCCACAUGUUCUCUCCAUGUGAACCCACAUGUGUUCUCCACAGAACUCAGAGCAUCACCCUGUUGCUUGUGCUCCUGCUCGGUGAGAGGACACUCCACUGCCAGGGUGGUUCUCCAGGUGGCGCUGCUGAGGUGCGUCUGGUGAAGGGAGACGGGCGCUGCUCAGGCAGAGUGGAGGUGCUCCAUGAGGGAGAAUGGGGCACCGUGUGUGAUGAUCACUGGGACAUUAAGGAUGCUGAGGUCGUGUGCAGACAGCUGGACUGUGGAUCAGCUGUGCAGGCCGUCACCACUUGGUACCACUUCAAUCCUCACUUCGGACGUGGGUCUGGACCGAUCUGGAUGGAUGACGUAAAAUGCACAGGGACAGAACAGACUCUACAGAGCUGCCCAUUCAGAGGGUUUGGAACACAUAACUGUGGGCAUUAUGAAGAUGCUGGAGUCAUCUGCUCAGGUGUAGAGUCUGAUGGGACAUCACCACCCCUUGCCACUGUGUACCAGAGGUGUCCUCUGAACACCACUCUCCCACCAGGGGGCGCUGUGACCCUCUCUUGCCUGUCGGACUGCCAGGGGGGCUGUGGGAACAGCACGGGAUGCCAGGUGGCGUCAGGACGAGCCCAGCUGCACAUAGAUUCUGUGCAAGAAAAGGAUGGAGGCUCCUACUACUGCAGCACUGGAGACAAGAUGCUCUUUAGUCUACAGAUUCACUCAGAUGGUUGUGCUGUGGGUGAGAUCCUCCAGCACAGGGUGGUGUUUGUGGGUGAGAUCCUCCAGACGUUGCCCACCUCCAGUGCCUGGCAGUGCCAACUGGCCUGCACUCUCCAUGCCACCUGCCAGUUCUUCUGGCAGCCGCAACAUGCAGAGGACCAAACAAGUAACUGCACUCUAAUGACCAGAGACUCCGCCCAGCACUUCUCUGUUAACGCUUCAAUAGGAACAUCAGGGUUCUCCCUGAGGAACUGUCCUGGUACAGUCAUUUCCCCCAGUAGGACCUACACCCUGGUGCAGCAGUCUGUUAACUGGACGGAGGCUCAGCGUCGCUGCAGUCUGAACCACUCUGACCUCGCCGUCAUCCAGUCCAGAGAGCACCUGCAGAACGCCCUACAGGCACUGGGGGGCGCCACAGAGAGGGUAUGGAUCGGACUUCACCGCCAGGACCCAAGCAAAGCCUGGAGAUGGGUUAACGGGUUUUAUAACUGGAUUACUGAAGCACAUGGUGAAACAGCAUCUGGGUGCGUCUACUACUCUUCCACUCAUGGAAAGUGGAUUCCAAAGGCAUGUGAUGAUGGUCAUUUCUCCAUGUGCCAGUAUGUGUCCAGUGACUCUGGGAGGAGUGUGAAGGUGUUCCAGUAUGUGGGGGUGAAUAUGAGCUGGUACGAUGCUGAGGGGUCGUGCAGGAAGAAUGGGGGAGAUCUGGCCAGCAUCCUGAACCAGGAGGAGCAGACGGCCUUCACUGCAGUGGCAGAGGCUGCAGGGGCGGGGCCGGGAACACACAUCUGGAUUGGCCUGAAGAAGAGUGAGCACGCCCACCUGUGGGCGUGGUCUAGUUGGGACAUGAAAUCAAACGGAGGUGCCCAGAAAAACUGUGCUGUGCUUCAAAAGCAGGGGGACUGGAAACCUGAGAAAUGCAGAGACACACACACAUACUUCUGCUCCCGGGAUGGAGAUCCAGUCAACAUCACAGAGAUAACAACAAUGACCCCCACAUCCACACCAGAAUCUGUCUCUUCCACCAGCACCUCACACACACACACACCUGUCACAACAACGACCCCCACAUCCAAACCAGAAUCUGUCUCUACCACGAGGACCUCACACACACACACACCUGUCACAACAACGACCCCCACAUCCAAACCAGAAUCUGUCUCUUCCACCAGCACCUCACACACACACACACCUGUCACACUCUCUCACACUCCCUACACGUCUGUGAGUCCCUCCAUAGCACCAGUCACUUGCAAUGGAACAUCCUGCCGUCUAGGUGACCUGCUGUUUGUAAAUGUUAAUAUGUCUUGGCUGGAGGCCCUGCAGUACUGUGAGCAGAGGGGCUCCAGGCUGGUCCACAUCCUGGACGAUGCCACCCAGACCCGGGUCACCCAGCUGCUGAGCUCCCUGCUGGCUGAUCUCCUCCCCGUGCCCACGGCCUGGGUGGGGCUGGAGCGCUGCAUGAUCAACCCCAGUGCACCAUGGGAGUGGGUUGAGACUGGGGUGGUCGAGUACAAACGUUGGCAUGACGACCACCCACGGGACUGCUGCAACUACCACUGUGGCCAGGUGGUGCAGAUGCCCACAGGGGACUACAGGUGGUGGGACGCCUGCUGCAUGGAGGAACGCCCCUUCAUCUGUCAGGACAAGCACUGAACUGGAGUGAUGACCACCUUGAGCCACCAGGGGGCAUAAUGCUGAGCUACCACCUGCUGUUCAAAUAUUCUGUUCAGUUCAAUUCCAUUUACACACGCACGCACGCACACACACACACACACACACACACACACACACACACUACUGCAUCGUCAGAUGGAUCCUGGGGACUUCACACUGUAACUCAUUUCUUGCCUUAUCUUGCCAUCUUGUUGUUAGGCAAUACACAAUAAUAAAAAAAUAUGGUACUUUUUAACUAAUCCUUAUAGAUAGUGCCCAUAACGAUGUUAGAUGUUGUGCUCUUGACUUUGUUAUGCUGUAGACUUUCAACUUUAACAUACAACUGAAGUGGACAUGCAAUGAGGCAUACAUUUCUGUGUAAUCGUAACUGUAGAAUAGCGUAAUAGAACAAUUAAGUAGUCAAUUAAUAAUAAGCAAUAAGAAUACUCUACUUUUACUUUUCAGUGAUCUUUAUAGAUUAAUAAUAAACAAUAAGAAUGCUGUACUUUUAAUCUUUUUAGCAAUAUUUAUAGAUUAAUAAUUAACAAUAAGAAUACUGUAGUUUUACUUUUUAAUAAUCUUUACAGAUUAAUAAUUAACUGUAACAAUGCUGUACCUUUACUCUCUUUGCUAAACU